UGGCGUGCGCCUCCCUCGGAGGCCGGAAGACCCUCGGCGUCUCCCGGGUGCCACGCAGUGCGCCCUCCCCGCGUCUCGACCUCCGCGGGGGCUACCCAGGCCAUCCGGGCGGGUCUGUGGGUCCGACUGGGGUUUUUUGGCUCGGAGGCUCCGUCUCCUAACGAGUUAUUGUCCUCACUCCAGACGUAACUUCGCGGAUUUAGUGACUGCCACUCUUUCCAAAGCUUUAAAAGCGAGGCCCUGGUCACAGGCUCUGCUGUCAUGAAGGUGAAAAUCAAGUGUUGGAAUGGUGUGGCCACUUGGCUCUGGGUAGCCAAUGAUGAGAACUGCGGCAUCUGCAGGAUGGCAUUUAAUGGCUGCUGUCCAGACUGUAAGGUGCCUGGUGAUGACUGCCCCCUCGUGUGGGGGCAGUGCUCUCACUGUUUCCAUAUGCACUGCAUCCUCAAAUGGCUAAAUGCGCAGCAGGUACAGCAACACUGCCCCAUGUGUCGCCAGGAGUGGAAGUUCAAGGAGUGAGACCUGUGCCAUGCCACCUGCCUCUCCAGCACCGCACCAGGCCCCGUCCCACCCCGCCCCUCCCCAGAUCAAGCAGCCUGAGUCCCCUCCACACAGCACAGCGGUGUCCAGGGACCUUGUUCUGUGCUGGGGACAAGGAUUCUUUCUGAUUGGCUGAGACAAGUUUGAAACAAGGUUGAAAUGAGGACUGGAGCUUUGCUGAUUGUUUUGUUUUCCCAUCACAUUGACACUUUUAUUCAAUAAGUAAAACUCAUUAAAGUUCUGAGCUGUGC